AGCCGGAGGGGGCACAUUGCCAGGAGAAUGAGGAGGUGGCUCCUUCCUCUCCUGGCCCUCCUUGCAAUCGGGCCCAUGUGUGCCAUAGAUGACAAAUGCAAUGGCAUCUGCGGACGGAGGCCCCUGGCACCUUCCCACAGCAACCCUUCACAAGCCGUGGGAGGGGUGGAAACGCUGCCCGGCUCUUGGCCCUGGAUGGUCAGCUUGCGGGCCCCUUCGAAGUCUGGCUUCCAGCACACGUGCGGAGGCUCGCUCGUCAGCGCUAACUGGGUUCUUACGGCGGCCCACUGCUUCAAAGACAUGAGGCAUCUCACCAACUGGGAGUUGCUGCUCGGGGCAGCCAAGCUCUCCCAGCCGGGCCCCGAUGCCGAGGUCCGCUUCCCCAAACGCAUGGUGGUGCACGAGAAGUACCAGCCGAGCCACCAGAUCAACGACAUUGCCCUGAUUGAAUUGGAGGAGCCCAUCCUCUGCAGUGACUACAUCCAGCCGGCCUGCCUGCCGGACGGCUCCGUGAACCUGUCCAGCAUGGCCCACUGCUACAUCACCGGCUGGGGCUACACCCACGAGAAAUCGAAGGCUCCGUCCGACAUCCUGAAGGAGGCCAAGGUGGAUCUCAUCUCCACCCAGAAGUGCAACAGCAGCGACUGGUAUUAUGGGAGCAUCGCUAUCCACAACCUGUGUGCCGGUUUUGAAGAAGGUGGCAUCGACACUUGCCAGGGAGACAGUGGCGGUCCCCUUGUGUGCCGAGAGGAUCGGUCAGAGCGCUACUGGGUGGUGGGGGUCACCAGCUGGGGACUGGGCUGUGCCCGACCCCAAAAGCCUGGCGUCUACACAUCCACGCUAAGCUUCUAUAACUGGAUCCAGGAGCACAUCAAGGGAGUUCAGAAGACCACCACCCCUCUGCCACAGCAGACGUCUCCGUCAAGUCCAUCAUCCACGACCCAUCUGCCAGCCCAGUCUUCAUCCCAAACGCAACCGCCACCCACGCCCGAAACGCAGACAACACCUACCCCAUCGACACAGCUGGAACCGACGGCUGAAAUGUCGACCGAAACGACCUCCAAAAGAACACCGAGGCCGGCGCCCAUCCAACCCACUCCAGUGACCCAUACCUCAAAGCCCCCCAACACCACGACGCCACAGCAGCCCUUGGAAACCCAUCAAGUGGAAAUCUCAUUGGUCGUGCAGCCGCCCCCAUCGCAGCCAGAACAGCUGACAUCUCUACGCACGCCGACAGUGCCGAUCCAGACGGAAACUCAAACUGAAACCACCACUUCGACACCGACGACGACGACCUCUCCUUAUACAAUCCGCUCCACAACCAAGCGGAAGCAUAAGCAGGUCGUUAUAUCCGGUGGAUACUACGGCAGUAACUGGCCAGGCCAGCGCUGGCCCAGACUCUGGCGGAGCAGACAGAGACGCUCCCGGCCUUAGCUCCAGCCACGCGUUCGCUUCAUAAGCGUUCAGUUGGGCAAGCAAAGUAUUCUAAAAGGACCCGAUAGAAAUACCUGGCAUCUGUAGGAUGAUAUAAAAUAGCUGUACUUUGAAUAAAAUAAAACUUAUUGACAGAUCUGUGGAGACUUCUCUCUUAAAAAUAUGCCAGGAGGCUGCUGGGAAGUUUAAGGA